AUGAGUAAAUUCAACUCUCCGAGAAACCUUAGCCUCGAAGGAAAUCUAAGCGAAAACUGGAGGAAAUUCAAGCAACAGUUCGAAAUAUAUUUAGAAGCAUCAGGUGACAAUAUAAAGUCGGAUAUCACAAAAGUAGCAAUAUUACUCAAUUUUGCCGGAGAAGAUGCGGUAGAAAUAUAUAAUAAUUUUGAUUUUGCGGAAGCCGACGACAGAAAGAAACUUGAUAAAGUCAUCGAGAAGUUUGAAAAUUAUUGCAAUCAAAGAAAAAAUGUUGUUUUUGAGCGACAUCAAUUCUGGCAAUCGUCUCAAGAUGUUACCGAGACUAUAGAUCAAUUUGUAACUAAAUUAAGAAGUAAAGUCAAAUCUUGCGCAUUCAAAGAAGAGCCAGAAGAUAUGAUAAGGGAUUGUUUCAUUUUCAAUAUGCGUGACCAUGGAGUAAAAGAAAGACUGCUAAGAGAAGACGAACUAACGCUUGUUCAAGCUAUAAACAUGGCCAGAGCUGCAGAGACGUCAAAACAACAAAUACAUAAAAUGGAUAAUUACUCAAUUGGAUCGUCUGUUGACAACAUUAGGCAAUCAAAAAACAAGAACUCGUUCGACAAGACUGGAACGAGACAGCAAUGGAAGAACAUAAGACAUUGUAAAUACUGUGGUGGUAGUCACGUAGCUAGAGCAUGUCCAGCUUUUGGAAAAAAGUGUCGAUUUUGCAAUAAAAUUGGACAUUUUGAGAAAGUAUGCAGGACGAAGCGAGAAGAUUAUAAAUCAAGCAAAGAAAGAGUAAUGAGCUUGAUCUCUGAAGACGAAGAUGUCUUGAUGUUUUCGGUCGAUAGCGAGACUGAAAAGAAAUGGUUCGUUGACUUUAAUAUAAACAAACAGUUAGUUAAAUUUAAACUAGAUUCCGGUGCGGACUGUAACGUAAUGUCAAAAAAGACUUUUGAUGGGUUGCGUUUGAGAAGAUUAAAGAUUAACCCCACAAGAACAAACAUGCGGAUGUAUGAUGGACGUAAGGUCGAAGCCUACGGUAAGGUCUCUAUACCUUGUUCUUAUAAAGGGCUUACGAAAAAUAUUGACAUUUUGCUUGUUAAUUACCAUGUCCAACCUGUUCUUGGUUUACCUUCAUGUAUGGAAUGGGAACUCAUAAAACGUGUAAACACUUUGACCAGUGGUACAAUAGAAAAUCAAUACGAUGAUGUUUUUACCGGGUUAGGCUUGAUUAAGGGAUCCGAAUACAAAAUUACGAUAGAUCCCAAUGUAACGCCUGUUGUUCAUGCACCACGCAGAAUUCCGAUAGCUAUAAGAGAUUCUUUAAAGUCUGAACUUGAUCGAAUGGAAAAACUUAAUGUGAUUAAGAAAGUAAAUAUUCCUACUGACUGGGUUAAUAGCAUGGUUAUGGUACGAAAGAAAAAUAACAAGCUUAGAAUUUGCAUCGACCCAACCGAUUUGAAUAAAGCAAUAAAAAGAUCUCAUUUUCCCAUGCAGUCCAUUGAAGAUGUUGUAAGUCGCAUGCCAAAUGCUAAAGUAUUCAGUGUUUUAGAUGCAAAUCAUGGUUUUUGGCAAGUCAAAUUGAGCAAAGAAAGCUGUAAACUCUGUACUUUCAAUACGCCUUUUGGAAGAUAUUGCUUUCAACGUUUGCCAUUUGGUAUUAAGUCUGCCCCAGAGGUUUUCCAACAAAUUAUGUCUCAUCUUCUUGAAAAUCUAGAAGGUGUAGAAGUAAUCAUCGACGAUUUGCUAAUUUGGGGCGAAAACGUAAAACAGCAUGAUGAACGUCUUGUCAAAGUUCUGGAGAUUGCCAGAAAAAGUAAUUUGAAACUAAACAGAAGUAAGUGUCGAUUCAGACUCAACGAAGUGAGUUAUAUUGGACAUUUACUAACUGAUAAAGGAUUGAAACCCGAUCCAAACAAAGUCAAAGCAGUUCAAGAUAUGCCAGUUCCAGAAAAUGUUAAAGAUCUUCAAAGAUUUUUGGGAGUAAUAACUUAUUUGGCAAAAUUCAUUCCAAAUUUAUCUCAAAUAGCCGCUCCUUUGCGUAAUCUUUUGGAAAAAGAUCUGCUCCAGUGCUGGGAUAUUUUGAUGUAA